AUGUCUGAAAUCAGAUUUAGCAAUCUCACUUGGGAUCAAGUUAUAACACUGGAUCAAGUGUUAGGUGAAGUAAUUCCAAUUCAUGGAAGGGGAAAUUUCCCCACAUUGGAGGUAAAACCAAAAGAUAUCAUUCAUGUUGUCAAAGAUCAACUGAUAGAGCAAGGAAUUAUUGUUAAAGAUACCCGAUUAAAUGGUUCCACAGCAAGUUACAUACUUGCAAGCCACAAUGGAAUCAGCUAUAAGGAUCUGGAUGUUAUUUUUGGUGUUGAACUACCAAGUGAUCAAGAAUUUCAGGUUGUUAAGGAUGCAGUUCUAGGUUGUCUACUGGACUUUUUACCAAAGGGUGUAAAAAAGGAAAAGAUCACCCUAAAGACCAUGAAAGAGGCUUAUGUGCAGAAAAUGGUCAAAGUUUGCAAUAAGCACGAUCGUUGGAGUCUCAUCUCUCUUUCAAAUAACACUGGGAAGAAUGUAGAGCUAAAAUUUGUGAAUUCACUUAGACGACAAUUUGAAUUUAGUGUAGAUUCCUUUCAAAUUGUUUUGGAUCCCAUGUUAGACUUCUACAGUGACAAAAAUGCUAAGCUAACCAAAGAAUCCUAUCCUAUUGUGGUAGCUGAAAGCAUGUAUGGAGACUUCCAAGAAGCAAUGACACAUUUGCAAUACAAACUUAUAUCUACCAGAAAACCUGAAGAGAUUAGAGGUGGCGGCCUUCUGAAGUACAGCAACUUGCUGGUUCGUGACUUUAAGCCAGCUUGUGAAGCAGAAAUCAAGAUCCUGGAACGUUAUAUGUGCUCUAGAUUCUUCAUUGAUUUUCCUGAUGUAGCAGAACAGCAAAAGAAGAUUGAAUCGUACCUCUGCAACCACUUCAUAGGUGAAGAAAAGAGCAAGUAUGCCUACCUUAUGACCUUGCGUGGAGUUGUGAAUGAAAGCACGGUUUGCCUUAUGGGUCGUGAAAGAAGACAGACACUCAAUAUGAUCACUCUUAUGGCUUUAAAAGUACUUGGAGAACAGAAUAUUCUACCCAAUACAGACAAUGUAAUUUGCUUUUAUCAGCCUGCUCCAUACUUUGCUGCUGAGGGAGGAUACCCUACUUAUUAUGUAACAUCUGGACCACCACCUGUUUUCUUUCAGCCAUAUUACCCACUGCACUUUCAUGUGCCAAAUUGUAUGGUUUAA